AUGUUCCAGAAUACUUGCUCGUUAAAUAAAGAGGAAUAUCUUUCAUGUUGGAAAGAUCCAAUUUUUCUAACAUCAUUCAUAUUAAUUAGUAUUUCCGUCAUAUUCGGAAUUGUAAUCAUGUUUGUCAACAAGUUACAUAAUCAAUCUUUAAUCAGUACUAUUUUGGUUGGUUUUACAGCAUAUCUAUUCACAAUUGGUGUUAUAUUAUUUGGAGGUUUUAUUGAAUUUCUCUAUGCAUUAAUUGCUCAAAUUGUAUCAUUUAUAUUGGGCAUAAUAGCGAUUCUAUUAAGUAUUAAUAUAAAUACAAUGAUUCAAUUAAAACAACAAACAUUAAUUAUGAUUUUAAUACGUUUUGCAAUAAUAGGAACCAUUUUUCUUUUUUUAACAACAUUCUAUAGGGAAUUCGGAUCUAUGACCUGCAUUUGUUGGUGUUGUGUAGUGGUAAUCGGGAUUUUAUUCACUCCAAUUAUAUUAAAAUCACAAUCACAGAUUGUACAAUAUACAAUAACAUUUACCAUAUUUGUAAAUUUAUACGAAAUUAUGUUAUUGUAUUUAUUAUUAUUGCUUUCAAUUGCAUUUGUUAAUCGAUUAAAAUGUCAUAGAAUAUAG